AUGGCGACAAAAGCGGCCUUCAAACGGCUCACCCGUGAAUACCAAAAUAUCCAAAAGGAUCCCACUCCUUUCAUUGUCACACAUCCCUCGGAGACUAAUAUCCUAGAAUGGCAUUACAUCCUAACCGGACCUCCGGGUACACCUUAUGAGAAUGGACAGUACUGGGGCACCCUGAUCUUUCCCCCCGAGUACCCCUUUGCCCCUCCCGCGAUCCGUAUGCACACACCCAGCGGUCGAUUCCAACCCUCUACCCGACUCUGUCUCAGCAUCAGUGACUUCCAUCCUAAAUCCUUCAACCCCGCCUGGGAGGUUUCCACUAUCUUGAUUGGUCUUCUGUCAUUCAUGACCAGUGAAGAGAUGACCACUGGCAGUGUCAGUGCUACCGAGAGUGAACGCCGAGUGCUUGCCGCGCGAUCUCGAUGGUGGAAUUCCACCGGGGGAGGAUCUCAUGUGAGCGCCACCGCCGGUGUUACGCGCACUUCCAAGGGAAUCAACAAUGUCAAGGCCGGCGAUGGAGGGUUGAAGUUCCGCACCGAAUGGCCUGAGUUGGACCAGGAGAACUGGGAGUGGAUGAAGGAGCACCGUAUCGACACCGCCACCGGCCAAAUCUUGCCCGACCCUAAUGCGCCUACCAAGUGUUCUCCCGAGACCAGUGCUCUGCGACGACGACCUGUUGGGAGUGGCAGUGCCCCUGGACUUGGGGCAGUCAUGGAUGGGCAGGUCGCGCGCGAGGCCGGUUGGGCCGGACGCAACAAAGUGUGGAUUGGUGUUGCCCUUUUCUUUGGCUAUGCACUCAUCUCACGACUUUUGAAUGAUGUACGGGCAUGA